CACAUCUGUUCCGAGAGACAGAGUCGGAGGGAGUGAGGGACAGAGUGGGUGAAUUAAAGCCAAAAGACACAGAGUUCUAAAGACAGAAGGAGGGAUGCACUGAUGCACUGAAUAGGGGUCCCAUGACAUUUCCUCCUGCUGAGGACGGUGUUCUUCUUGAAGGGUUUCUAACGUCUCACCAUGAAGCUGCUGCAGUGGACAGUGCUGACACUCAGUCUGUGUGGAUGCAAGUGGGCAGUCUCAGUCUCACUGCCUCGGCCUAUUACCCCAAUAACACCGGAAACUCCAUCCUUUGUUACGCCUACAGUGGAUGAUAGCGCAAGACUAGUGGAUUGGCUUAUGAAGUAUGGCUACCUGCCUCCUCCUGACCCCUCCACAGGUCAGCUUCAGGCCUGGACUGCAGUCACACACGCUCUAAAGGCUAUGCAAAGAUUUGCUGGAUUGCACGACACUGGAGCAUUGGACGAGGAGACGCUGAAACUGAUUCAGACACCACGCUGUUCACUUCCUGAUGAGGAAGACAGUCAGAUUCCUGAUUCAGACUUGGAUACUGAGCUCCAAGGAAAGAGGGUGAAGAGAGCCGUAUCGAGCUGGGCUCAGAGAAACAUCAACUGGAGAUUGCACACCUAUCCCACCUCCUCAGCUCUAUCCCAUGAGAUGUUCCGUUCUCUGGUAUUCUAUGCUCUGAAAGUGUGGGCCGAACCAACAGCUCUUGAGUUUCAUGAGGUUGGAGGACCAGAUGGGGCAGAUCUUCUGAUUGAUUUCCUGCAUGGUUCGCAUGGUGAUGAAUACCCGUUUGAUGGGUUGGGUGGAGCUGUUGGCCACGCCUUUUUUCCUUCUGACCCGAACAGAGCAGGUGAAGUUCAUUUGGAUGCAGAGGAAGAGUGGGCAUUCAGACAGCCAGCUUCUGAAGGUACAGAUGCGUUCACAGUGCUGGUGCACGAGCUCGGCCAUGCUCUUGGACUCUCCCACUCUUCAGCACGGGGGUCUGUUAUGAGGCCGUAUUACCAAGGGCCCUUGGGAGACCCACUCCACUUCAGUCUGGGAGCUCCAGAUCGAGAACGCAUCACCGCUCUCUAUGGGAGGAAGGGUGACCAUCUACAGACUCAUCUUCUACAGGCAGAAGCUGAAAUGAAAUAUCCACAUAGAGGCACACACAGACUCACACACCGUCACCGGCACACACACAGUCCCCUCGACAGUCCUUCUGAGGAUCGCUGCAACACCAGUUUCGAUGCGGUUGCUAAAAUCCGAGGGGAGGUGUUUUUCUUCAAAGGUAUGAGUAUGUGGAGGGUAAACACAGGAGGUCUGGUCUCUCGGAGAGCCGUGUCUGUGCGUAAACUCUGGGCUGCCUUGCCCACAUCUCUGCCCCCACUGAGGGCCGUACUGGAGAGGCAUGAGGAUCAUGCCAUCAUCUUCAUCAGCGGGUCUCAGUUCUGGAUAUUUAAGGAUCUGUCGCUGCAGGAUGGUUUCCCCCAGCCACUGUCUGCUCUGAAUCAUACAUCCUCGGACAGUAGAGAGGAACAUGGUGUACACUGGGAUCCUGAAAAAGGAGUGGUGUGGGGGUCGGAAGGGGAGCAGGAACAGAGCGGACAAGUGUGGAAAGAACUCAUUGAAGGAGGAGUGAACGGAAUUAUUACAGACAACGAUGGUUCUCUCUUACUCUUCAAAGGCUCUCACUAUUGGAAGUUUGCCCACCCAGGCGUCGCCCCUGAGGAUGGAUUUCCCCGACCUGUGGCUUUGGAUUGGUUGAACUGCCCCGACUCUUCCCCUCAUCAUUCUACUGAUAUCUCUCUGAUGUCCACUGCGGGUCAACAGGAGCUUUUAGAGAGAAAAGAGGAAGGAGCUUUGGAGCAGAUGAGGCGCAGGAUCAAAACCACGACAAGACAUGUGGAGAAUCCUCAGGAAUGUCCAUGUUCCAACGGCGCAUCACUAGCUAACACAAGUCUGCUUUUCCUGACGAUUAGCUUGAUCUUACACACUCUGACUUCUCAGACAUCUGUGUCACCUUUUAGGUCACACUCACAUCCUGCUCAGUUUCAGUGAACCUGUGCCCACUGUAUCACACUAUUCAAUGUGUUAUGUGAUGCUUUACUGCUCAGCACGGUUGUAAAGAGUGGCUGGUUGAUUGACAAUAACUUUCCUGUCAGCACAAACCAAUCUGAAUGUUCCUAGACCUCUCAAAUUACAGGUAAUAAGGUGUUUCUGUCUGGCUUUACUUUAAGAGGGCCAAGCACAGAAGGAGCUUCGACACCCUACUGAUAUUCUACCUUUUCUCGGGGCUGAUGCGAUUCGCAUUUCGAUGCAUAGCCAAUGAUACUAU